GUCCUUAUGGAGCUUCUCUAUCUAUUCUUCUCAAUUGUCUCCACUUUUAUAGCUUCCUCCUUUCACACUCUCCUCCUCCUCGUCCGCCUCAUUUCUCACCCACGCGCCGCCGCAGAGCAUGACCAUGUCACCCUCUACGAAGGCGUCGUCUGGCACACGCGCCGCAGCCCCGUCCAUCAUUCUUUCCAGUAUUCCGUCCGUUACGCCCUCUUUGACCUCGACCGCUCUCCCAAUGUCCCACCCGACCAUUUCUCCGCCGAUGAAGCUCGUCGUAUAUCCAGAACCAAUGGACCGAUAUUCUUGUUGACUAUACCACCAAGCGUGGGAUAUGAACAAAAUCCGUUGAGCGUGUAUUAUUGCUAUGAUGUUGAACGCUCCUCGCGCAAUUUGAAGAAAUGCAUUGCCGAGGUAACAAAUACACCGUGGGGUGAAAGAGUAUCAUUUUUAUUCGACCCCGAGUCCGAUAUAGUUGCAAAGCCGCUUCACGUCAGUCCUUUUAUGGAUAUGUUAGGGAACUGGAGCAUCAGAACUACUGCACCUGAAGAUGACCUAUCGGUGGACAUCUCAGUACAACAUCCUGAGCUAGGCAAGUACUUCAGAGCUAUAUUGACAGCCAAAAAAGUCUCUUCCAAGAUGGCAAGGGAUCAAGCAUCGUUUUUCUGGUUAAUGCCUCACAGAGUUGCCAUUUGGAUAUAUUGGCAUGCUGUCAAGUUAUGGUGGAAAGGUGUUCCCUUCAUCCAGCAUCCAAGAUAUCAGAGUCCAAAAUACAGGGAAGAAGCUUUACUACGGGAUGAAAAACUUCAAUGCUGUCCAUCGCUUGGGUCUAAUAAAGAUAGCAAUCAAACAAUUGAAGCAAGUAAAUUGUCUCGUGUGGCUGAAAUCAGCAGCAAAUCUCGUUGUUUUACUUGGAGAGAUGCCAAAUGGCCAUGGUGCUGAAAGGAGGCAAAUUUGGUUUGGCUAGUCCAAAAUUUCAUCUUGCCUCACGAGUCUAAAUGCAUCGGAUUUGUGUUAAACCUAGUUCAUAUUAACUACACUUGUACACACUAGCUACCAUUCAAACAAUAUAAGCUGCGUACAAAAUCUUGAACUGAUCCACAAAAGCUAUCCAUUGUAGUUUUAUCAUUUCUGGCUUUGUCAAAUUCUGUUCAGUCUGAAUUU